AGCACCCUACAGCAGCCCCGCGACCACCACCCUUCUUUCAUUCUCACGGGGAGGGACAGGGCAGAAAAAAAAAUCCCAGGAAACCGAGGAAUAGGAGAACUAGAAGACAGAGGGUAAGGGGGAAAGGCGGGGCUCCCUCCUCCUAAGGCUCGCUGGCAGAGCCACGCCUCCUGCUCUGCCGCCCCGCCUCUGCUAUGAAUUGCAGAAGGAUCUGGCCCCUUCCCCAACCCCAGGCGGAGGCUAAGUGGCAUCCGGCUCGCUUCCUUGGCGGGCAGGCCAGGUGCAUUUUAGACGAUCCCUACGUGGGAACGUGAGUGGGAAGGCGAGGAUGACAGCCAGCAUGUGACAACAUCAGGCUUCCUUGCUAGGGUAACCCCCGCGGGACUCCCCACUAGUUUUGCUUGGAUACUCUUUUCGCUGCCUGCAGGGGUGCAUUUUUGUUAGUCACGGGCCCUUUAAUGCGGCGACAGGGCGGGGCCAGGCUCUAGGCCCUAGCGGUGAGAGGCGGGGCCCGAAAGUGGAGUGAGGCCCGCCUUGCUCAGGGGGCGGGACCCAGAAGGAAGCAAGUCCAGGAUUGGGUGGUAUGAGGGUGCGUAGCAAGGAUUGGCCUUCGGGGCGGGGACAGACGACUGGGAAUUGGCCCAAGCGGGUGGAAUUGGCUCCGGGGCCAGGACCGCGUAAAAUUGAUGGAGUCUGCCAGAGAAACGAGGCCCACGGUGGCUGCUGGGGCUCCGGCCUCGAAGAGGGUUCAAGAAAGGCCCAAAAGUCAAAGGCGCAGGCGGUGGCGAAAAGGCAAAGCCAAAGCCUCACGGCUCACGCACAGCAUGGACCUGCGCACAAUGACACAGUCGCUGGUGACCCUGGCGGAGGACAACAUGGCCUUCUUCUCUGGCCAGGGCCCUGGGGAGACAGCACGGCGGCUGUCAGGUGUCUUUGCGGGUAUUCGGGAACAGGCACUGGGGCUGGAGCCGGCCCUGGGCCGCCUGCUGAGUGUGGCACACCUCUUCGACCUGGAUGCAGAGACACCAGCCAACGGGUACCGCAGCCUGGUACACACAGCCCGCUGCUGCCUGGCACACCUGCUGCACAAAUCACGCUACGUGGCCUCCAACCGCCGCAGCAUCUUCUUCCGCACAAGCCACAACCUGGCCGAACUCGAGGCCUACCUAGCUGCUCUCACCCAGCUCCGCGCUCUGGCCUACUAUGCCCAGCGCCUGCUGGCCAUCACCCGGCCUGGGAAGCUCUUCUUCGAGGGUGACGAGGGCGUCACUGCUGACUUCCUGCGCGAGUACGUCACUCUACACAAGGGCUGCUUCUACGGCCGCUGCCUGGGCUUCCAGUUCACGCCCGCCAUCCGGCCUUUCCUGCAGACCAUCUCCAUUGGGCUGGUGUCCUUCGGGGAGCAUUACAAACGCAAUGAAACGGGCCUCAGUGUGACAGCCAGCUCCCUCUUCACCAGUGGCCGCUUCGCCAUCGACCCCGAGCUGCGUGGGGCCGAGUUUGAGCGGAUCAUACAGAACCUGGAUGUGCACUUCUGGAAAGCUUUCUGGAAUAUCACCGAGAUUGAGGUGCUAUCGUCUCUAGCAAACAUGGCAUCGGCCACCGUGAGGGUAAGCCGCCUGCUCAGCCUGCCGCCCAAGGCCUUUGAAAUGCCACUGACUGCUGACCCCAAGCUCACGGUCACCAUUUCACCCCCGCUGGCCCACACAGGCCCCGGGCCCGUCCUCAUCAGGCUCAUCUCCUAUGACCUGCGCGAAGGACAGGACAGUGAGGAGCUCAGCAGCCUGGUGAGGUCCGAGGGCCCCAGGGGCCUAGAGCUGCGGCCCCGCCCCCAGCAGGCACCCCGCUCCAGGUCCCUGGUCGUGCACAUCCAUGGCGGCGGCUUCGUGGCCCAGACGUCCAAAUCCCACGAGCCUUACCUCAAGAGCUGGGCCCAGGAGCUGGGGGUCCCCAUCCUCUCCAUUGACUACUCCCUAGCGCCCGAGGCCCCCUUCCCCCGUGCGCUGGAGGAGUGCUUCUAUGCCUACUGCUGGGCUGUCAAGCACUGCGGCCUCCUCGGUUCCACAGGUGAGCGGAUAUGCCUCGCAGGAGACAGCGCAGGCGGGAACCUCUGCUUCACUGUGUCCCUUCGGGCAGCAGCCUAUGGAGUGCGGGUGCCAGAUGGCAUCAUGGCAGCCUACCCGGCCACAAUGCUGCAGUCUGCCGCCUCCCCCUCCCGCCUUCUCAGCCUCAUGGACCCCCUGCUGCCCCUCAGCGUGCUCUCCAAGUGUGUCAGUGCCUAUGCUGGUGGGGAGAUGGAGGAUCACUCUGACUCAGACCAGAAGGCGCUGGGCAUGAUGGGGCUGGUGCGGCGGGACACAGCCCUGCUCUUCCGAGACCUCCGCCUGGGCGCCUCCUCGUGGCUCAACUCCUUCCUGGAGCUGAGUGGGCACAAGUCCCGACCCAACUUGGUGCCCACAGAAGAGCCAAUGCGGCGCAGUGUGUCUGAAGCAGCACUGGCCCAGCCUGAGGGCCCACUGGGAACGGACUCCCUCAAGUACCUGACACUGCAUGACCUGAGCCUAAGCUCCGAGACACAGAACACCCCAGAGCUGUCACUGUCAGCUGAGACGCUUGGCCCCACCACACCCUCGGCUGUCAACUUCUUAUUUCGACCUGAGGAUGCACCUGAAGAGGCUGAGGCCCGAGACGAGAUUAGCACCAAGGAGGAGAAAGUCUACAGUGUGAGGGCCGCCUUCCCUGAGGGUUUCCACCCAAGGCGCUCCAGCCAAGGCGCAAUACAGAUGCCCCUCUACUCAGCUCCCAUCGUCAAGAAUCCCUUCAUGUCACCACUGCUGGCACCCGACAGCAUGCUGCAGACCCUCCCACCUGUGCACAUUGUGGCCUGCGCGCUGGACCCCAUGCUGGACGACUCGGUCAUGUUCGCUAGGCGGCUACGCAGCCUGGGCCAGCCCGUGACGCUGCACGUGGUGGAGGACCUGCCGCACGGCUUCCUGAGCCUGGCGGCGCUGUGCCGGGAGACCCGGCAGGCCACGGCGCUGUGUGUGGACCGCAUUCGCUUUAUCCUCAAUCCGCCGGGCCCUGCCACGCCAGCUGCGCCCACCACGCCGCCAAUCUGAGCUGUGGGACAGGGCCCACCAGGCGGGGAGAGGGGGGCUGGGGGAAAGCAACACUAAAGGCCUCUUGUACCCACCUGCCCAAGGUUCCGUGGUGAAUGCGCCUUGGGAAGGGCGGCGGGGACCACAGCCAGCGGCGCCUGUCCCAUCCGGCCCCUCCCUCGGAGCGGGCAGGAAGGGACAGGCUAUGCUUUAGGUCAAGGGUACAGCAAAAGGGGCGGGGCAGGGACCCCUGAAAGCUAAGACCCUGGCCUGGGGUGGGGGGGCACACACAAACCAGUCCCCAAGACAGUUAGACCUGCACUCCACCACUGACUUCUACUGCUGCUGCAACCGCCUCAGGGGCAGGGCUUCGCCCUACCUUGCAGGUCGGUUUGGUUUUGCUUGUUGUAAAUAAAGAUAUUUAAUUA